ACAAAAUAUGUGUGCUAUUUCUUUUGUUAAAACCUAGAAUAACAUAGAACUAGUUUUCGCGGACUACAAAGCGAAAACGAAAGUAGGGUUGCCACGUCAAAGCUUCCAGUAUGAAUGAUUUGAAAAAAAAAUUUGAGUUUCAAAAUAGCACCAUCACAGUUCAGUGUCUAUGCAAGCUGUCCCAAGACUUGCUCAAGAAAUGUACAACACGCGUGCAGGAAGGCAACCAAGAAAUUCCAGAGCUCAAGCAACUGUUGGACUGUCUGGGGUCAGCGGAUAGUCUCGAGUCCCAGCUGUCUGGUCAGGUUAUCCUACACCUCGUGGAGACUGACGUCCUAGAUUUGACAUUGGCGCUCAACUCGACACUUAACAGUGUCCCUUCUUGCAAAAACUUGAUUGGAGCAGUUGAAACAGUUUUUGGUCUUUUGUUGUUGGAGUCUAAAGCUGUGCUAGCCUCGGAAACAGUGUACAGAUGUCCUUACACGUUAAGAGGCCCCACUCAUCCUUUGAUUAGUGUACUGAUCAAUCGACCAGACUCUUGGCCAUUCCUUGUGGAGAACACAGCGUCGCUGCUCAGUCAUAAGGAGAAGAGGUUGAAUUCAGCUGCUGCUCUAGAAAUACUUAGACCGUUUCUCUUCUACGUUUUCCUGGAGCCUCUACAAUCCACUCAGUACAACAACACCCGGACUGGGCUGUGGCGAGUGUUGCUGGCCGCCGCUAGGUGUGACCAACAUGUCCUCGAGUUCAUUGUCUCCUUACUGCCCCAUGUACCAUCUACAGGCAGAGAUCAGCUACUGGUUGUGUCACAGAUGUCCACAGACCUCAUUGAAGAGCUCGUUUCUAGGAUAAAGGAGCAGAAGAAACAAGGUCACUCCACUCUCUGGGCGACCACCAAUGAAAUGUUGUUAUUUGGCCUCGAUCUCAUUCUCAAGGGGAUCACUGCUGGGGCGCCGCUAUUCGAACUGUCACAAAAAAUGUGCAUGCUGGCGCAGUUUCAAACGACUGCUCCCACCGUCUGCUUAUUUCAAACCGUCAAGGCCAACACGGCUCUUUUACAGCUGAGUGAGAUCCUGGCUCGUGCGACCUUCUUCCAGCAGGCUCAACUUAUUGACUUUGCUGAUCAUUUGAUCACGUUGUGUCAACAGUCCUGUCAGUUCAUCUGUCUUGCAAGUGUUGUAAAGCCCUUAAUUCAGAUUGUUGCUUCACCGAGUCUCACUCUGAGCCAGAGUCAAGGAGUGAGCCAAGGAACGGUCAGAGCCAAAGCGACCCAACUUUUAAGCAGAGUUGAAACAUUACUGGAAGCUCAUCAACCAGUCAAUCAGGAACCUGAGCAGCCUCAUAAGUGGACACAGUUCGGUUCUACCUUCCAUUUUUUCUCUGAGCUGUGUGGACAACUAGGUGGUCAAAGCUUACAAGAAGGCCACACCUUGACCACCUGGCUAGUUAACUUAGCCACAACCCUGGAAGCUUGUUGUCCAGUUUUGAACCACGUCAUCGCCGCUGUCUUGAUCACCUCCAGCUCUGAUGAGGUCAGCAGUGCCGCCCUUGAGGUGGUGAAAAGAAUCGCCAUUGUUGAUCCUAAACAAUCUACUGAUUACCUCCCAUUGCUACUCUAUGUCUUGAACCGAACUAACAGCCCAGGACGAAAGCUGCACAUUCUAGAAACACUGCCAUGUCUGGCUACACAUAAGCUCUGUAUUCCACCAAUACUGAAGACAAUUUUGGCUCUGAGCAAGUCAGCUGAUCUUAAGCCUAUCUCCAUUAGGCUUAUGAUGCUACUAUGGAAACAGCAAGAGAGGUGUUUCCCUCAGUUGCUACAGCUAAUCAGUGACUCCCAGGGGUCUUCCUCCUAUCAGGUCAGGCUAGCUGUGGCAUCAGUCAUACUGGAGAUUUGUACUCACAAACCUGAACAACAUGGCGCUGAACUUCUUACGGCACUUACUGACAUUCUGAAAACCUCGUCCACUGAGCAGGACAUUCCUGUAUCUGUAUUAGCUUUGAGGGGGCUCUCUAAGCUGUGUGAGUCAGAGGUCAUGGACCUAAUGUCUUUGUGGUCAUAUCUUGGGGAGACAUUCCUGAAUGAAACAAGACCAUUGGUUGUCAAGGAACUUUGUGGUCUGUUGUCUCUGGUUCCUCAGUUGGCAGUAGAGACACAAGAGUAUGAGACUUUCACCAAACUAGCAGUGAUGAGGUUGUGGGCAUAUUCUCAAUCUUCUAACUGUUUGGUCUGCGCAGCAGCUUAUGAAGCUUUAUCUAAAUACAGUGUGAAAUAUUUCUGUGUCAGCUACUUACCAAAAUCUGUAACGAAAGAUCUUUAUGAGCAACUUGACUUGGCAGUAAAACAAAUGCAGGAAGGGAAAGGGAAAUCCGACACCAAGAAUGAUGGUGAUGCUCUAGAUGUUGACAUCAUGUUUCCCCAGAUACCCGGCUCUUGUUUUGUUUCCAUCUUGCAGUCACUAACUGACUCUGUGGUCAUUUCAGCUUAUAAAAAACUACUCCAGUCUUUAAUGGCUACAGAAAUUACCGAUCUUCCUAGAUCUGUUUACUUUUCAUCAGCUGGUAAAAAAAGUAUGGCAAGCCAAGGAGGCAAAAUUCUAGAAAAAAUUCCCAGUUUUCUUCUUAAACAAUACAACAACUGUAAACAACCAGGUUUACGUCAAGGUUUAGCAGCUGGUUUGCUUUUCUGUUAUGAUCCUCCGCUAGAAGUGAGUCGGGAUGGUAGAGCUAGGAAACAUUACAUCAUCAGACAUGGGAAAACAUUCUUAGAGACUUUUGUCACAUUAUUACAAGAGGUACCAAUCCAAACCUCAGACUGGCAUAGAUUCUCACUCUUACCACAGGCCUGGAACUCUUUUAUGGAGAGACUGUUCUUGUCAUUGCUUGAGAGCCGUAAAGCUGAUCUUGAGCUUCAGGAAAAACAUGGACAUAUUUCUUCCUCUGACUUGGCAGAAAAGAAUAUUGUGGUCUGGUUAUCUACAAGGGAUGCUAUCCUAGAUGCUAUAAAAACAACUUCAAGAGGGUCUCCUACUGCACAAGCCAACUGUGUCCUGUCCCUGGCUAGCCUAGCCCUAUGCCUUCAUAAAUAUGUAACUGACCUUAGUGCUGACCUCUUCAAAGCUUCACAAGACAGAACAGAAUAUAUUGGGCACUCCCAUUGGAUGGCCAUGUCCUUUGAUACCAUAUUGUCAUUUGUUGAUCCUGAACAUGUUCCAAAAGGAAAUAUCCACAGCAUAUGUCACCAGAAAUCAUCUCCUCAUGAUGCUGGUCAACCAAGUAAUUUGUGUUGUGCUGUGGCUAGACUGGCCACUAGUCAGUUGGUGCCUCUCCUUGUUGCCUCAGACUCAGAUCAAAUUGUCCACAUUCUCAAAACGUUUACUUCCUGCUUGCCAACUGGUCAGUCAGCUCUGACCUCUCCUGUCUCAAUCUUCUGCAAUGGACUGGCUCUGGGGAUGGUUUUAGAGAUUUUGUUCCAGGAACAUUUCUCGGACAUGACAGGGAGUAAAGGCAUGCUGGCAGUCUGGAAAGCUCUUACCUCCCUUGAAGAUAUCACUUAUAAUUCAGAGGUUGAAAACAGAAUAGGCUGUGUGCUUGGCCUGACUCUGGCUAUCUGUGCCAUGUGUAGUGAUGGAAAGACAGAGUCUAGAGUCCAUGCCACUGCUGUCUUAGAAAAACUGACCCCAGUUUGGUUGGACACACCUUGUGAUAAAGACUACUACCAGGUUUUGACCUUCAGUGUGGCCUGCAUCACCACAUCUGUGUAUUCAACCAACACUCUAGAUAUUUCAUGUGUUUUACCAUCCAUUGAGAAACUAAACCAAGUCCAUCAACAAUAUCCACAGUAUUCGGGAGUCUGUCUUUCCUUGGGUUUGAUCCUCUUCUCCUUGCAUAGAUUGGGUGUUGAAGUGGCCACAUCACUUCGUCAGGAACUGCUCACAGCUUGGCUGAAGGAUGUCAGUGAUGAUAAUAGAUUGCCACUGGAGAAAGUGUCCAAGUUAAAUGGAUUGGUUUCUCUUAUUGGAUCUGAGCAACUAUUAUUUCCUGUCAUUAGCAACUCUGCUCUGCUCACAGAUGACCUGAUAACAGGAGUGGUUUCCAGGUUGAUGGCUAUUGUGGGAGACUAUGAUGACCUUGGGCUUCAGAACAUCAGCUCAAGGUUUCUAGGUCACUUGUAUCUAUCUUCUACCUCAUCAGGGGGAGACAAGUGUACAUCUGUGCCAGGAAGUUUGAGUUACUUGCCUGAAUGGAGCCUCCUCAGAGCUUUUUAUGAUUUCCUUCUGGACUCUGGAAGAUCAAUUCCAGAUAAUCACUUAAUCAGUCUAGUCAAUGUUGCCUUGCAAGUUAUUAAUGUCAAGACAACUCUACCACCUGUGAACUGGGCAAUAAUGCUCUCACCAUACAUGAGAAAUAACAGUUAUGGAGAUGAAGUGAGAGCUAACAUUUUGCAAGUCGCUAUUUCUCAGAUACAAUCACCUUCUGCUGUUGUUUUUAUUUCCUCAUGGCUGACACCACCUUUGUAUGCUUCCUUACAGUUAUCUUGUAAAACUGUGCUCCAUCUCCAUAUGUGUCAGUUGAUAAGGUCAAUGUCUCCAAAUGUUCUUCAAGUUUACCUAGAGCGCAGCUGUCUGACAGAAUUUUCUGAAAGUGAAACACAAAACAUUUGCAUACAGUUGGCUAUACUGAAGGGUCUAAGGGAUGCCCUGGCAGUCACAGAUCCCCCAGAAGCUGUGACCUCAUUGUUGCAUAGUGCUACAGCGCAAAUCUAUCACCAGUUGACUACAGACUUCAAUAUUCAACUGCUACAGAGUAUGGCCGAAUGUUUGUCUCAAUUACCUGCUGAGAUCAUGGAUAAUGUAAUUGCCACUGACUUUUCUGAUGCUUCCUCACAGGUUAAAGGUUGCUUUGUACGCUGCCAUCUUGUAGCUACGGGUAAACAACCUUUGGGUCUGCUGAAUUUCAUGAUAGAUGCUUUCUUUAAUGCAGACUACUGGAACCAGGAGGUAGGAAUGGUGUUAUUGUUCAAUUGUUUUGGUGCUUAUUCCAAAUACAAGGGAGAGAACUCUAGUCUUUCAGCUCGGCAGCAGUGGUUCUUGGAGUUGUUGGGUCACACUCGUACUGUUGUAAUUGGUGCCAUGCCAUUAGCUGCCACAGCUCCAACCAAAGAUAAGGUCAUCAGGUACAUUGCCAAUAUAGUGACAGCUGGCAUGUUAACCCUGACCUACCCAGCAUGCACUGACCUUGACUUUUGGGGUUUCAGUCAAAAACUGUUUGCUCCUCCAGUGGAUAAAAUCACUCAACAGGAAAGCCAAAUCCUUGAUGUUUGUUUCCAAAAUGAGCCUCCCCUGCCAAAUCUGGGAAUAUUGUAUUCUACCAUGAUCCAAUUCCUCCCUAGCAUCAUUGGGGCCAUGGGUACUAAACAGUGGGAGGGUUUCUUGACAAAGGUCAUUGAUUGGGUUCUGAUACUCUGUGAAACUGAUGAGACAGACCUUGAGACUAGAAUUUGUUUACAUGCUACUCUGAUGUCACUACGCAAUAGUCAGGCCUUCAGGUCAGUCUCAGUCUGGACGAAGGUCAUAAAACUCAUUUGCUGAUCAUUACACUCCAUAUAAACAUUAGUGUGUUUAAAAAAUGUUUUUGUGCAAGUUUUAUGGUAUCAAUAGUUACUUUGUAUCAAUUGUUACUUUACUGAACUUAUUUUUUGAUUUAAUAUUUUAAAUAUCAUACAAUGAGAAAAUCUUCAAAGUUGUUAUCUUUUAGUGUCUAAAAUUCAAUUUCAAUAUUAUAUAUAUAUGUAAUUUUUUGUAAAAAGUCUACUGAUGUAUGUGAAUAGAAUAAAUAAUGAGGAAAAUAACUCAAAAUAAAUAUAUUAUUGAAACAAGGCAUUAAUUUAAAAAGUGUGUUUUAUAUUUUCAUGUUGUUUAAUAUAUACUUUUAAUUGUAAUCCACUAUCAUAUUUUGUGUCUGCAAUCUUCAAGAGAAUUUCAAAAUGCUAAAUAUAGGGAGUUAAGAAUAAAUUUGUAUACAGAGCUUGGAUUUAAUAUUUAAAUAACUUUUUUUUUCAAAUAAUAUUAAAAUCUAUCUAAUAAUAAAAAUCGCCUUGAAAAAAUCAAUGGUAAACAUAUACUACAACAGACAUGAUGGUCCAAUAUACUUGUUUUUUAAUGACUUAAAAUUUAAUGAGGUGGGGUUUUGAUUUAGUGCCAUUCCUUCUGAAAAAAAAAAUGACUUUCAACCUGAAUUCAUUGAAAAAUCUGGACAU